AUGGUUAUCGGUCACUGCUUUGCAGCUGCUACCUUUGUGGCCACGGCUCUGGCGGCUUCAGCAUCGCCCAGAGCUGUAGAGCCGUGGACAAAUUUCAAUGACAAUGCUGUCUUCAUGCCCAAGAAGGAAGCCACUAGCUGGCGCACCCUGUACGGUCGGACCCUUCAGCUCCCCGACAUGUCACUCCUCCUGUCGUGGGAAGACUACGAUCCCGAGGCGACCUUUACCUACUUCCCCAUCUACAAGUCAACUGAUGGUGGUGCCUCGUAUCAGCCUUUCUCCAGGGUUGAGGACCAAGUCAAUGGCUGGGGUAACUGGUAUCAACCCUUCCUUUAUUCGCUUCCCGAAGACCUUGGAGGUUACCCCAUGGGAACUGUAUUGCUUGCCGGCGUCUCCACGCCUCGCAAUCUCUCCGAAGCCUACAUCGACCUUUACGCCAGCAUAAACCUUGGCAAAGACUGGGAGUUCGUGAGCCACAUCGUCUACGGUCCAGGGCCCGAAACUACCAAACAAGGAGACAAGGCGGUCUGGGAACCAUUUCUGAUGAUGCAUGAGGGUCAACUCAUCUGCUAUUACUCUACCCAGGUAGAUCCCAAGUAUAACCAGAAGCUCUCUCACAAAACCACCAUCAAUCUUCGGGAGUGGAGCGGAGAAGUCGAUGAUGUCGCCAAUCACAACUUUGAGCAGCGUCCUGGCAUGGCAACGGUCGCAUACAGCCCCUUUUCGAAAAGAUACGUCAUGACAUUUGAGGUUUGUGGCCUCGACGGCGGCUGCCCCGUCCACCACAAGGUCUCCCAGGACCCGCUCCAGUUUGGCGCCGCUCCUGCGCCGCUCCUCAUCCCUGGAGAUAGUGGUUUGAACCCCGAAGGCAGCCCCUUUGUUAUCUGGGUCCCGGAACCUGGGAAGGAGAACGAAGGAAUCUUCAUCGCCAACGGCAACUCCCGCGAAGAGGUCUUUGUUAAUACGGACGCGCUUGAUGCCAAGGGUUGGAAACCGGUCGAUGUCGGACAGUGGUCAGCCUACUCACGAGAACUCCGCAUCAUCCAGACACCCAAGGAAAGUGCCUCUGAAGGAAAGCAGAAGCUUUUGAUCACAAACGGCGAGGUAUAG